CGCGCAGAGGGGGCGGGGUGAAAGGUCACAACGCGGCGACGGGUCUGGCUGGCGGCGGCCGCAGGCGGGAGCCGAGUACCCUGAGUGCACGUGUGGAGAAGCGGCAGCACCAGUCCCGCGACGGGAGACCGUCCGGCUCCCUCCGGAGACGCAGGGCCGCGCUCCAGUCUCGGGCCUUCGUCACCCGCUCAGCUCCCUGCCUUAGGCGUGGAGGUCGGCUAGUGGGGUUGAGUGGCCCGAGCUGAGGACACUGAGAGCUCAGGUCGGCGACGACAACGGCGUUGAUAGCGGUGGUAACAACGGCCUCAGAAGGCGGGGAAGAUGAAAGGUAGCCGGAUCGAGCUGGGAGAUGUGACACCACACAAUAUUAAGCAGCUGAAGAGAUUAAACCAGGUCAUCUUUCCAGUCAGCUACAAUGACAAGUUCUACAAGGAUGUGCUGGAAGUUGGCGAGCUAGCAAAACUUGCCUAUUUCAAUGAUAUUGCAGUAGGUGCAGUAUGCUGUAGGGUGGAUCAUUCACAGAAUCAGAAGAGACUUUACAUCAUGACACUAGGAUGUCUGGCACCAUACCGAAGGCUAGGAAUAGGAACUAAAAUGUUAAAUCAUGUCUUAAACAUCUGUGAAAAAGACGGCACUUUUGACAACAUCUAUUUGCACGUCCAGAUCAGCAAUGAGUCGGCAAUUGACUUCUACAGGAAGUUUGGCUUUGAGAUUAUUGAGACCAAGAAGAACUACUAUAAGAGGAUAGAGCCCGCAGAUGCUCAUGUGCUACAGAAAAACCUCAAAGUCCCUUCUGGCCAGAAUGCAGACAUGCAAAAGACAGACAACUGAACAAAUUACAAAUGGACUUUCUUGCACUUGCUUGUCGCCAAAUAAAAAAGAGGCCCAUUGAUUCCUGCCCCACCCCUCUUGUUUUAAAGCUUUUCCCGCUCCUUGUUCUUGUUUUUCCACCUGUUUUUCCUUCUCUUCUAAAAGUUUUAAUACUUUCAAGGACUUUCAAAAUUAAUCAUGUUUGGAUUCUUUUAGUUCUCUCAUUGUUGUGAGGUGGAUUGAUUGUGGGAAGUUUCACGGUUAAGAUAUUUGGUCCCAAAAAUUUGGGUGUCAGUUUCAGUUUAUUUUUAGCUUGUUUUUAUGUCCUGCUUUCACAUUGAAGUGCAGAGCCUACAAAAUACUGUAUAUUUCAAAAUACAAAAAGAAGCAGCAGCAAUAUCUUGUUCUCGAAUCAUAGACAAGUUUAGUGUGUUUGUGGUACUUUGGGUUUCUCAAGACUGUUUGUGGGAUACUAUUCCCUAGACAUUGCCUUCAACUCCACCUGUUGUCCUAAGUACUAUCUCAGGAGUUGGACCAUUGUUAUCCUUGUAAGAAAUACUAAGCUUAUUAUUUUUUUCUUAAGCAAUUCUUCCUUCCUUCCUUGCUGGUGGCUGAGGGUGGGUGGGAUAGCUUGGGUAGGUAGUGUUAGACUUUGGUCUCAGUAUUUGAGUUAAACUGCUUUUUGCUAAUGAGUUGGCUGGUUGUUAGCAGGUUUAUUUUACCUGCUGUUGAUUGUUAUUAGUGGUGUUAACUUUUAGAGUGUGAGCUGGUGAGAUUAAUUUUUUUUUAAUAUCCCAGCUAGAGAUAAUGGCCUUUAACUGACCUAAAGAGGUUUGCUGUGAUUUACCUUUUUUUUUCCCUCCUGUCCUUUUUCUUCAGUAAACCCAUAGUUAGUUAACUUCAAAAAUGGAGUUGAUGUCCUUAUAGGUCAAUCCCCUUCAAGAAUGCUGAUGCAGGUGUUGUCUCUUGGACAUAUUAAAACAUACCUAAACGGAAGCUUAGAUGGACUUGUGGCACAAUAAAUGCAUUUAAUAUCAGCUAAUACAGGCUGUUAAAAGUGUGGCCACUGAGCAUUUGAUUAUAUAGGAAAGAAUAUCUAGACAGUAUUUUUGAGAAUAAAAUAGCUGUGCUAUUGCUUAUCUGUUAGAGAAUAUCCCAGAUUUGCUUACAUUCUGUGCCUAUGAUAUUAAGUUUAAGGAUUUGGGGGAGGGAGAAUUGUUAAACAUAUUAUUUCUAUUCUUGGGAAAGUAAAAGUCUAGAAGUGUUAUAAUACAGAUAUCACUGUGACCUCCUCUACUGACAGCACUGGUUUAGGCCAGAUUAUUUUCUGAUGAAUAAGGAGUGGUUUUAAUGGGUUGAGAACUUUUUGUAAGAUAGGAGACGACUGAAAUUUUCUUGUUUUCCUCCAUAGUCCCAUCUCCAAUAUUUAAAUUUUUCUGCUUUGCCAAUAUUGGUGGCCCAACAAAUGAUCUCAUUAGACUUUAAAACAAUGCACAGAGUUUGAAGAUUCUGUCAUUUGACUUUAGAAGGGAAGUUGAUUCAUAAUAUUUAUCCUCUUACGUAAAUUCUGCUAUGAAAGUCAUCUCCAAAUAUGUUAAAUGACAAUUAUUUUACACAGCAUUUAUGCACAUUUUGUAAUCUUAAAUUCUUAUUUGAGAAUGUGAAAGUACAAAGUACAUAGACUUCAGCAGUCUUAAUUGAGUGCCAAGAAUAAUACAGAAAAGGAAGAUAGUUGAAUGAGGUUUAUAGGGUUCUAAUCUUAAGACAGUUAAAAUGUAGAAAGACCAUGCUGAUUUCUUGGGUAUCAGUUUCUUCAGCAGUCUGAAUCUAAGCUUAGAAGAAAAGUUUAGCAUUAAGCACCUUUACCUUCAUGGAUAACCUUCAGCUUGCUCUUGCCAAGAGAAGAGUGCUUGAAUUACAGAAGGCAUAAUUACUUUGAAGAAUUCAGCCUUUUUGUAAGCUUCCAGAUAUCAAAAUAGAUUUUGAUAUAUAAAUGAGUUUUCUGAGAUAACACUGCCUCUAUUUCUAUAACCAUUUCACCUGGGCUGGCUAAUCAGUCCUAUGAAUGUAUCCCUAAAUGUGGUUAUUGAAAACCGAAUAGCUGCCUCAUGACAAUUAAGUACAUGUUAUUUAAGGAGGGGGAAAAAAUAACUAAAUUUUGAAUUGAGUGUGUAGGCUCCCUAUCAUUAUAUAUAAUGUUUCUUUUUCUACUCUAGUCAAUGGCUUUAACCUAAAUUGUAAAUGUUUGUACAAGGUUAAUUGUCCUACAUCAGACUUAUAUAAAUAAUUCCAUCCACUUACAGAGGAGAAGGCUGUAGAAGAUACAGAAGCUGGGCACUAGUUCAUAUGUUUAUGAGUCAGUAAAGACUGAAAUAAUGUCUCAUGUUUAGUUGGUUAUUUUGAAAUAUGAAAAUUAUCUAGGUAAAACAAUUCUAUUAAUUGGAUGAUCAUAGGAUAUAUCCAUCAUAUUUUUCAGGACAAAUAGUUUUUACUGGGGGGCAAAUAGGUGAAAAUUUAUACUGGAUGGCUAUUGCAUUUGGGUUCUAAAAAAAAAGAAUCUGCAGAGAAAUCUAUGCAAUAUGUAAUUUGUCCAGAUUAGUUUUUAUUUGGGGAAAGAAGUUCUGAAAUAUCCCCAAAGCAGUUUACUCAUCAAUUGAAAGUCCUCCAAAAACAGAACUAUUCAGAAAUGUGUUGUGUGGGGUGGAAAAGAAAAGCUCCCUCAGUUUUUUGGAGGGAAUAACUUUAAAAAUACUUAAAUGGCUAAGUUUAUUUGGUGCAGUUAAGAAUUAAACUUGUUGAUUUUAACAUUGCUGUUACAUCUGAAAUAAACUUAUGUGAUGAUGUUCUGGUAGUAAUC